GGGGAGAAAUGCCAAAUGUGGGUGAAGGGGAGAAGCAAAGCAAAGCACACUGCCAUGUGUGUACCUGCGCAACUGUCUUGCAUGCUCUGCUCAUGUACCCCAAAACCUAAAAUCCAAUAAAAAAUUUAAAAAAAAAAGAGAUGUCCUUGGAAAAAGUGAAGCGCCCUCUAAUAUUUAGGCAAAAUGACCCUACUCAUAAAGGUACUGCAAAAAUCAACAGUGAAAUAAAGGACUUGAUAUUGUGCUCUCUUACAGCUAUGUCAACAAAAAUUGUAACAUUCAAAGCCAAACAUUUUGGAUUGUUCAUUCUUGGUUCAUUUUAAGAUUUGGCAAAGACUUACAAACCUAAUCAAAAUUGUAUUAAAUAUUAGUUUGAGCCACAAUAACUGCCAUUUUUAAUAAAUUUUAAACAGUGAGAUUUAACAUAAGAUAAAAUAAGCUUUUUUUUAUUGGUUUCAUUUCUCAAGAUAAAAUCCUAACACAAUAUUUUGGUUUGCUUGCAGUUUCCAAUGGAUUGUUUUUAAGUACAUAUUUUUAAUAGCAAUUAUCUUUGGUUAUUUUAUCUACAUUUGGAUUUACAAUGGCAUUGGGAAGGCAAAAAUGAAACUCACCAACCACUUGCAACAUUGCUUCAAUGGAAAAAAGUCAUUCUGAGGUCCAAGUGAUGAAUUACUUGCAAAUAAAUUUUUGCAGUCAACCUAUAUUUUUCUUUUUAAGCUAACAGUAUGCUAAAAAGUUGUGAUUACAACAUACUGUAGAUGUUUUUAAUAGAAACACAUUCAGCACUUUGGGAGGCCAAGCAGGAGGUUCACUUGAGUUAAGGAGUUCACAGUCAGCCUGGGCAACACAAGACGACCUUGUCUCUACAAAAAAAGUUAGCUGGGUGUGGUGGUACAUGUUUGUAUUCUCAGCUACUUGGGAGGCUGAGGUGGGAAGAUUACUUGAACCCAAGAAGAAUGAAACAAAGCUAAAGCUAUAAUUGGUAAAGAAUAAAACAAAGCUAGAGCCAUAAAAUGCAGUCAGGGAAUGCAUGGUUAUUUAUGAGAUUUGGACAAUGUUGAUGUUUCUCAUGGAUAUUGUAAACCAAAAAUAAAAUUGUAAGGCCCCUCCUAACCAUCUGAAGGGACUUCCUCCUUAGCCAGGGAUCUUUUAAAAUUUUACCUGGAGACUGUUUCAGGGCUUGACAGGCAGCAGGGUGUUGGACAUGCCUCAUUGUACCUAUCAGCAUUAAUAUCAACACAGACUUUAAGUCUGGUAAGAAACAUUUUACAAUCUGUUGUCUCUGAAGCCUACUACCUAAAGGCUUUCUUUGCAAAUAAGAACUUGGGUCUCCACAAUUCUUUAUCUUAUCCCAGACCUGUCUUUCUGUUGAUCCCAGGUCUUUAGACAAACUUAACCAAUUGUCAACCAGAAAAUGUUUAAAUUUACUUAUAGCCUGGAAACCCCUAUUUCUAAUUAUCCUGCCUUUCUAUCCAAACCAAUGUAUUUCUUAAAUGUAUUUGAUUGUUGUCUCCUGCCUCCAUGAAAUGCUAUAAAACCAAGCUGCACCCUAACUUGGGCAUGUGUUCACAGGACUUCCCAAGGGCUGUGUCAUGGGCUAUGGUCACUCAUGAUUCAGAAUAAAUGUUUUAAAAUAUUUUAGAGUUUGAGUCUUUUCAUCAACAAUAAUCAGACAUUUUUCUGGAGUGGUAUUGUUUUUUUCUGGCUCCAUCAAGGUCACAGAGUGGUGCUGUCUGAUGUUGAUGUUCUGGGAAAUGGUUUAUGCCCAAGCAGAGGACACCAGGGCCUAGCUGUGAGUGCCAGGGCAGCUCUUAGUUGGGCAAAACAUAGCCACUAGUACCAGGACAGCUGGAUGUCAGGGGCUGCUUUAGUCUUCUUAUUGUUCUUCAGUAUCUUUCCACUGUUCCCUUCUAUUCCUUGCUUUAUGGGCCUCAAGCCCCUUGUGUAGUCUAUCCCAUAUUCCAAAAGCUUGUGAUGUGCAUAGCCUUAAACUGUGAAGGACUCGGGGCUCCAACUGAAGAGGAACUUUCUGUCCCAGCUGCUAGCUGCUCUACUUAUUUAUGUUUUUCUUACUGGUUGAUAGUUUUUCAUGGAAUAACUUUGAUUACAAGGCAAGGAGUUUAAUAGUACAGCAUCCACCAGGCCUUAGGGCCCUGGUUUAAAUUCUGGCAAUAACACUUUACUGUUUUGGCUAGUUGUUUAAAACCAUCAAGUUCCAGUUUCUUUAUCUAUAAAAGAGAGCUUAAUAAGCGUCCCUUUCAGGGUUGCUGGCACAAUUAGAGCUAGUAUUUACAAAGGGGCUAAAGAAGAGCUGACUUUCAACAAAUGGUGGUUAAUGGUGGAAGUAAGACAAAGAAUGGAAAUGGCUCUACCAGUGACUGACAUCCUCCAUAGUGUCUUCAAACUCCCCAUCUUGCCCCAGCAUCAUUUAUAUCUAAUCUAUCAGCCUUGUUGGAAGAUAUAAUUAGAGCCAUAUAUUCUGAGAAAAACUGAGCAUUUGUAGAUAAUAAAGAAGUCUACACACUUAAACAAAGCCAAUGCUAUGACAGGUAGCAAGAAAGGAAUAGAAAAUUUGAUUUGGAAUCCAAUAAUCCAAAUUCCAAUUUGGAAAAAUGUGCAUUCUACAGUAAGUUACUUGACCUUUUGAGUUUUUGGUCUCUUAUGUACAAAAUGGGUAUAAGGAAGGGGUGGGGUUAAGGGAGAAACUGUUGGGAAAAUUACAUAAGGUAAUAAUUUUUAUUUAUAAAAUAUUUUCUAUAUAGCAAAGUUUUUACAGACAUAAGAUCCUAUUAUCACUAGUCCCUUAUGUACAUUUUUAUUUGCUCUAUUUAUUUCUUAAAUUUAUUUACAGUUCUAGUAUUUCCUCCAAGGUAUUUCCUCCAAGGUAUUUAAGCCUCACACCUUCAAGCUAAAUUCAACAAAGUUUAGCUAAGUAAACUUAUAGCUCUUGAGCUAUAACCAAGAAUAUAGUCAAAUGAUAGUGACCAACUUUAAACACUGCUGUAACAAAAGACUGAUCUGCUUAGGGCUAUGCAGGGAGGGACAGAAAGGACUGCAACAAGUAUUUCAUCUUGACAAGCAAUCACUUGACCUAAGAAAGAGUGCUUGACCCUUCAUCCUUCAACCAGGAAAACAAAAAUAGCAGCCAACUUUCCUAGUCAUCUGUUGAGAAGAACCGAGACAACAAAUAUUUACCAAUACCAUAUUCUACCUUUUUGAUUGUCCAGGAGCCGAGAGCUGACUUCUCCAUGUGCCUGCUCUGUGUCAAAGUAGAGGCUAGGUGCUCACUGGAGCCCUGAACUUUAAUGAUUAUUGCCCUGUGUUACAGAUAACAGGACUCUGGGUCAGGUAGUAAAUGGUGGAGUUGAACUGGAGGUAGAUCUACUUGAAUUGGAUAUAUGAGAUUUUUUGCACUUUUUGGGAUACCUUCUGCAGAAAAAAAAAAUGCUAGCUGAAUCAAUCCUUUGUUAUCUACAUUCUGGAGUAAAAUUAAUGUUCCUAUGAGAAUGAGAAAGAAGUCAUAAAAUGUUGGGAGGAAGGGUCUUUGAAAGUGCAUUUAAGGAAUCCCAUUCCUGCCUGGUGGGUAGGUGCUUUUACAGCUGCUAGUUCAGGCCACAGUGACAGGGAAGAUUUUAAGGUUCUUCCAUAUAUAGAGCUAAAUUUGUGGGCCUGUAGCUUCCAACUAUUCAAACCCAGUUGAAUUUCUUCCUUGAGGCAGAGAGCCCAUGUAUAAUCCUUUUCUCCUGUGACACGUUGUGUUUGCCUGGGGUCUUCUUGCCAGCCCUUUCAACUGUUUCUCAAAAGGUGUGGGAUGUAAAUCUCUUCUCUUGAAUCUUCUGUGGAUGGUUUCUCCCAGUGCCAAGGUCCUUUCAGGAGACCCAGCUUUUCCUAAUUCCUUUCAAGAUCUGCAGAUGACUUAAUAUCUGCCAAAGCCUGGGCUGUUCAUGUAAUUAACUGUGUAAACAAUCCUAAAUCAUGGAGCGUGAUCUACUCCUUGAGAGCUAAAGUAACCUUAAAGUGAGAUAAGAAACAUAUAUAUGGUUCAGCCCAAAGAAUCUGGUAUGUCUUUUAAACCAAAAUGCCACAUAUAUUACUUGCUACCUUUAUAUUUUAUCUCUUCAUCCAAUACUCCAACACUUUUUGGAGUAUUGACGUGUAGGGUAUGUGGCAUUUUCUUAAAUAUGUAUAGAUAUCUAUAUAUACUCAUGGGAAAAAAUAUACUUUGAUUUUUGUGUGUUUUGGAAAACAGGUUGGGUGUGGUGGCUAACAUCUGUAAUCCCACCACUUUAGGAGGCCUAGGCAGGUGGAUUACUUGAGGCCAGGAGUUUGAAACCAGCCUAGCCAACAUGGUGAAACGCUGUCUCUAUUAAAAACACAAAAAUUAGCCUGGUGUGGUUGCACACACCUGUAAUCUCAGCUACUUGGAGUCUGAGGCACAUUAAUCACUUGAACCCAGGAGGCAGAGGUUGCAGUGAGCUGAGAAUGCACUAUUGUAUCCCAGCUUGGGUAAGAGAGCAAAACUCUGUCUAAAUAAACCUAUAAAUUAUAGCACUUUUUUAUAAUUAAUAAUAAAUUAUAGUAUUUUUAUAUUAAUUUUUAUAUUAUGUGUAUUUUUAUAUUAAAAAUAGGAAAAGCUAUGCUGCAGUUAAAAUGAAAGAACUAGACUUCUAAGAGUUGACAUAAAAGACAUUUAAGACAUAUAGUUGAUGAAUAAAAGCAAGCUACAGAAUGAUACAUACCAUAUUCUUUUUAAAUUUUUAAACAAUUUUGUGGGUAUAUAGUAGGUGUAUGUAUAUGUGGGGUACAUAGAAUGUUUUGAUACAGGCACACAAUGUGAAAUAAACAUAUCAUGAAGAAUGGGGUAUCCAUCCCUUCAAGCAUUUUCCAUUGAGUUUCAAACAAUCCAAUUACAUUCUUUGUAUUAUUUUAUGUAUAGUUGUUACUAUUGACUCCAGUCACCCUUUUGUGCUAUCAAGCAGUAGAUCUUACUCAUAUACCAUAUGAUUGUGCUACCUUAAUGUUUCUAACCAUGGGUUUCUAAACCUAAAUCAGAGCCUUACUUUUGAAACACACUGUAGCUUUCUAAUUCUAAAAUCUCAAACAAUACCUAAUAGUAAUAGAUAUUACAAUACAUGAUGAUACCCAGAUCAGAUCAACGGCUUAUAAACACUCCUGCUCUUUCCUUACUUAUUGUAGCCUCUGCCAAGGCACUCUAUUUGUUCAAUAAAUGUAACCUUUAAAUUUAACAUUUCUUGAUAUCUCCAGGAAAUAGAAUAAAUGCUUCCUAAUCUAUAGGAGUUACAACCUAUUGGAGAAAAGUAAAUACCACAUGGACAUUCAAGCAAUAAUCUGAAGCAGGCUGUAGUUGGUUGACAGCCUGUGUUGCAGCUGGAGAAUUCAGAGAGGGGCAUGUUUGUGAGCUGAAAUGGUCAGGGAAGUCUUCACUGAGAAGGUAAAGUUUCAGUUGAAUCUUAAAGAAUGAGAAUGGGAAAAAUUUGGAUUAGCCAAAAAAAAGAGAGGCUGAGGGAGGGAAGAUCAGGCUGGGAAAUGGGCACAAAAAAGGUAAGUUCAGAAAGCAUAUUAUAACAAAAAAAUGAAAAGGAAGUAUUGUAAAUAACACCUGUUAAAUGUUGACUAUGAACCAGCUUCCUUGUGUGGCCCCAAGCUCCUCCACAAGAUGGCUGUCAUUGAAUUUACACAACUUCCUAACUGGGUAAGUAAUAUUAUUAUUUUAUAACUGAAGAAAUGAAGUUACCUAAUUACGCAUUGCUGAAAAGUGGCAGAGCUAAGAGUCAAACUCAGGUUGUCUGAUUCAGGUUUUCUGCGUUCUUUCCUGCCUCACACUGUGUUCCUAGGAAGACAACUCCCCAAAACGAAGGGAUCCUGUAAGUGAAUUUUGAGAAAAAAUGUGGAGUAUCAGAGAUACCAGAUUGGGGCCUAGAUUAUAUGAAUAGCCUUAAAUGCUAAGAAGUUUGAGAAUAACUUAAUGAAAGUCUUAUAUGACAAGAAAUUUUAAAUUAUCAUCCAGUAAUCCAGUAGAAAAACUUGAUAAAGGUAGCAUUUCAAGAAUUUUCUGGGAAUGGUACAUAGAAUGGACUAAAUAGUAAGAAAGUGGAGACUAGAGGCUAGACAGGAGAAUAUUUCUAUAAUUUAGGAAUAGAUAAUUUAUCAAGGGACGAUGGAUGAUGGGCAGCCUAACGAUCCAGUGUGCUGUGCAACAUUUCACCUCACUUGACAAUGAAAUCCAAAACCACUUGGAAUGCAAAUGACAUAUAUGUUAAUGAAGACAUAAUAAGCUCUUAUGUAACUUGAUGUAUGUAAAUACACACAAAUAUGUAAGCUUGGAUUAUAAAAGAUAGGCAAGCCCUACUCAGUUAGCUUCUCCAGGCUCAGACUUUGAAAAUGAGGAUGCUUUUACCAUUGACUUUUCUGUUUGUUAUUAGUUCUCCAGGUUGGGCAAUAGAUAGGCACUACUACAUAGGCAUUAAAGAAAUCAUUUGGAACUAUGCUCCUUCUGGUAAAAAUAUGAUCAAUGGAAAGGCUUUCUCUGAAGACCUAGAAUUUUUACAAGGAGGUCAAGCAAGAAAGAGCUUUAUUUAUAAAAAGGCUUUGUAUUUUCAAUAUACUGAUAAUACAUUUCAAAGGAUCAUUGAAAAACCAUCAUGGUUGGGAUUUUUAGGUCCAAUGAUUAAGGCAGAGACUGGAGACUUCAUUUAUGUACAUGCAAAAAAUAAUGCUUCAAGACCUUAUAGUUUUCAUCCUCAUGGACUCACCUACUCCAAAGAAAAUGAAGGUGCUAUGUAUCCUGAUAAUACGACAGGCUUGCAAAAGGAAGAUGACUAUCUGGAGCCAGGGAAACAAUAUACCUACAAGUGGUAUGUAGAAGAAAAGCAGGGACCUGGCCCCAAUGACAGUAAUUGUGUGACAAGGAUUUACCACUCACAUGUAGACACUGUAAAAGACGUGCCUUCGGGACUUAUUGGACCAAUUCUGACUUGUAAAAGAGGGACGCUGAUCGGAGACACUGAAAAAGAUAUUGACAGGUCUUAUUUUCUGAUGUUUUCUACAACUGAUGAAAGAAGUAGCUGGUAUAGUGAUGAAAAUAUUCGUGCAUUUACUGAAUCUGGCAAAAUCAACACUAGUGAUCCCAGUUUUGAGGAGAGCAUGAGUAUGCAAUCAAUAAAUGGAUACGUGUAUGGAAAUCUGCCAAAUCUCACCAUGUGUGCUGAAGAUAGGGUCAAGUGGUAUUUUGUUGGCAUGGGUGGCGGGGCUGACAUACACUCCAUCUACCUCCACGGACAAACUCUGAUCUCUCGGAAUCACAGAAAGGACACAAUUAUGGUCUUCCCCUCCUCACUGGAAGAUGCCUUCAUGGUGGCCAAGGGCCCCGGAGAGUGGAUGCUGGGAUGCCAGAUAUAUGAGAGUAUGCAGGCAUUUUUCAAUGUAAGUAAUUGCCAGAAACCUUCAACAGAUGUUACUGGGACACAUGUUAUACAUUACUAUAUUGCUGCUAAGGAAAUUCUCUGGAGCUAUGCUCCAUUUGGUAUAGAUUUCUUCACUGAAAAAAAUUUAACAGCAGUUGGAAGUGAAUCCAGGCUAUUUUUUGAACAAAGUCCAACCAGAAUUGGAGGAGCUUACAAAAAACUGGUUUACCGUGAAUACACAGAUGCUUCCUUCCAAACACAGAAGGCAGGAGAAGAACAUCUUGGAAUCCUUGGCCCUGUUAUUAAGGCAGAGGUGGGAGAGAUCAUCAAAGUCACUUUCUAUAACAAUGCUUCCCUGCCGCUCAGCAUUCAGCCUCAUGGACUGCAUUACAACAAGAGCAAUGAAGGUUCAUUCUAUGAAACACCUGGAGGAAGUGCCCCUUCACCUUCCUCACAUGUAAAUCCUGGCACAACAUUUGUCUAUACAUGGGAAGUUCCAAACUCUGUAGGUCCCACAUCCACGGAUCCCAACUGCUUGACCUGGUUCUAUUACUCUUCAGUAAAUGGGACAAGAGACACCAACAGUGGCCUUCUGGGGCCUCUCCUUGUAUGUAGAAAUGGAAGUCUUGGAGAGGAUGGCAAACAGAAAGGUGUAGACAAAGAGUUUUACCUACUUGCCACAAUAUUUGAUGAAAAUAAAAGUUAUCUUUUGGAUGAAAAUAUCAGAACAUUUAUCACAGAGCCUGAAAAUGUAGAUAAAGAAGAUCCAGACUUCCAAGCCUCAAAUAAGAUGUCCUCCAUAAAUGGAUAUAUGUAUGGAAAUCUGCCUGGACUGGAUAUGUGUUUAGGAGACACCGUUUCAUGGCACAUUUUUAGUGUGGGAGCAGAGGAAAAUUUACACGGGAUAUAUUUUUCAGGAAAUACCUUCACUUCUUUAGGAGCAAGAAAGGAUACAGAAACUGUAUUUCCUCAUAUUUCUAAGACACUUUUGAUGACACCUGAUUCUAUAGGAACUUUUGAUUUGGUUUGCAUAACAAUAAAGCAUAAUCUAGGAGGCAUGAAAAAUAAAUAUCAUGUGAGGAAAUGUGGGAAGCCAAACCCUGAUCAAACGCAAUACCAGGAGGAGAAAAUUAUUUACAUUGCAGCCGAGGAAAUGGAAUGGGAUUAUUCUCCUAGCAGAAAGUGGGAGAAUGAACUGCACCGCUUACAAAGAGAGAAACAAACGAGCAUGUAUGUGGAUAGAAAUGGAACACAUCUUGGGUCCAAAUAUAAGAAAGUCUUAUAUCGUCAAUAUGAUGAUAGCACAUUCAAAAAUCGAACAAAAAGGAGUGAAGAUGAAAAACAUCUGGAUAUACUAGGUCCAUUAAUAUUGGUCAAACCUGGUCAAAAAAUUCAAAUUAUCUUUAAAAAUAAAGCCUUAAGACCAUAUUCUAUUCAUGCUCAUGGAGUGAAAACAAAUAAUUCCACUGUUCUUCCAACUCAGCCAGGAGAGAUUCAAAUAUAUACUUGGCAGAUACCUGAUAGAACUGGUCCUACCUCACUAGACUUCGAAUGCAUACCUUGGUUUUACUAUUCAACUGUGUCUGUGGCUAAGGACCUUCACAGUGGACUGGUAGGCCCUCUGAUUGUAUGCCACAAAGACACCAACCCCAACAUAGUUCACCGUGUUCUCCACUUCAUGAUUUUUAAUGAGAACAAAUCCUGGUACUUUGAAGACAAUAUCAACACCUAUGCUUCAGAACCAAACAAAGUGGACAGGGAAGAUGAUGAUUUUGAACUCAGCAAUGAAAUGCACGCAAUUAAUGGAAGAUUAUUUGGAAACAACCAAGGUCUGACGUUUCAUGUAGGGGAUGUAGUGAACUGGUAUCUGAUUGGCAUGGGGGAUGAGGUUGACCUGCACACAGUUCACUUUCAUGGCCACAGCUUUGAAUACAAGGAUUGGGGAGUGUAUAGAUCUGAUGUUAACGACCUUCCUCCUGGGGUCUAUCGAACUGUAAAAAUGUAUCCAAGAGAUGUUGGAACCUGGUUAUUUCAUUGCCAUGUUAGUGAGCACAUUAGUGCUGGAAUGGAAAGCACUUACACUGUACUUGAAAGAAAAGCAUAAAUACUUGAUAUAAUAUGAAUAUUGACAAGCUUACAAGCCAAGGUAAAGCUGCCAAACAAGGAAAACUCCAGGAACCAAGGAGUCUGGGAGGAACCAGCUAAAGACUUUCAUGACAAUGUA